AUGGAGUACUUCGAAUCGAUAAAGGACCGUCUGUUGUUUGCCAUUCCCAAGAAAGGUAGAUUGUACGAGAAGUGUCUUGAGCUGCUUCAUGGUGCCGACAUCCAAUUCACUCGGUCCCAGCGGUUAGACGUUUGCCUUGUCCGCAACUUCCCCAUUGCCCUAGUGUUUCUUCCUGCCGCCGACAUCCCUCGCUUUGUGGGUGAGGGUAAUGUCGACGUCGGCAUCACUGGCCAGGACAUGGUCGCCGAGUCUGAAAUGAGCGACCUGGUUACUGAGGUCCUCCAACUUGGAUUUGGCAAGUGCUCGCUUCAAGUGCAGGUCCCGGAGAAGGGCCAACUUCAGGCCGUCGAGCACCUUGCGGGAAAGAGGGUUGUCACGAGCUUCGAGGUACUGGCAGGGAAGUAUUUCAAGGAUCUAGAUGACAAGCUGGGAACGAAUACGAAGAUUGAGUAUGUGGGCGGAAGUGUAGAGGCGGCUUGCGCUUUGGGGCUUGCCGACGGUAUUGUGGACUUAGUGGAGUCUGGAGAGACGAUGCGUGCCGCCGGACUUCAUGCCAUAUCAACUCUGCUUCUGUCUGAGGCCGUGCUUAUUCGAAGUACAAAGACGAAGAAGACGGAACACAUCCCAUUGAUUGAGCGCCUGACCAGCCGAAUAGCAGGUGUGAUCGCUGCUGGGAAAUACGUACUUUGCAACUACAAUAUCGAGCGAACACGGCUCAAAGAGGCGACCAACAUCACCCCGGGUCGGAGAGCAGCCACGGUCAGCCCCCUAGAAGACGAGGGCUGGGUUGCCGUGAGCUCUAUGGUCGAAAAGAAGGCAAUGGCGGAGAUCAUGGAUCGGCUAGAGGCGAUUGGUGCCAGCGACAUCUUAAUUAUCUCGUUGGAGAAUUGCAGAGUGUGAUGUAUCCAUUGUAGAAUACGGAAU